AUGUCACCUGACGGUAAAUCACGAAAGAGACUGCUCCCUACUUCUCCUGAACAGCUAGGCUCUUCAUCUCCUGAAGCGCUAGGCUCUCCCACCGAAGCCAAUACACCGAGUACUUGCUCCUCGUCACCGUCCUUAAUCCGCCACACUGAUUUUACAAUUGCUUCCUCUCCUGGCCGCACAAAGCGUAAGAGACUUGCGCACCUUGAAGAGGAGCUCCGUGGAGUUUCCGAUGAGGAGUUAUGCCAAGUAUUAAUUCGAUCGGGACGGCGAUAUCUGCUAGCCAAAAACAAUUAUGAAGACAAUGAUCUGCCAUCCGAGUCUGAGACAGUCGAAAAUGCCAAUGUCGAGAUGCUAGAGCGCCGCCUCAAGCACAGCCUCAAACAAUAUGUCGAUGAGACGAUUGAGCACCUCAAAUCACAAUUUGUCGGUGAUAUUGUCGAGAGUGCUUUGAAUGAGUGUGAUGAAGCGAUUGAGGGACGAUACAGAACUCACGAAGCCGACUUGGAGGAACAGGUCGACGACUAUAAGGUUGACCUAGGCAUUACGGCCAAUGACUGUACGAAGGAAAUAGAAGAACAAGCGCUACGGUGCAUGGAUGAUAUCGAGCGUCAGGGACUCAAGAUUGAGGAGUCUACGACAGAAAGAUUCGCAGAGCUCACGCGCCGCUUGAGUGAUUCUGCCCAGUCCCUAAUUGAUAGCAAGUCAAGCCCAGGCCAGCGGCGCACUGAGGGCACUAAGGCUAGACGCAUUUCCAUUUAG